GGGCGGGGGCACCCGGGAUGUCCUCGUCGCCCGCGGAGGAGUGCCGCUCGCCCGUGGGGCUGGACUGCUGCAGCUGCUGCCUGGACCUGGCCAACCGGAGCGGGCUGGAGGAGGGGGCCGGGGGCGAGAACAACAACCCGGGCAGCCCCACCGUGAGCAGCUUCCGGCAGCUGCGGGAGCAGCUGGUCCGGCAGAACCUCAACACCGACAAGCUGAGCUCCAUCAUGCGCCAGGACUCGCUGGAGCCCGUGGUGCGGGACCCCUGUUACCUCUUCAACCAGGGCAUCUGCAACAGGAACAUCGACCAGACCCUGCUCUCCAUCCUCCUCCUCUUCCACAGGUGGGAGUCGCCGCCGGGCAGCGGGCUCGGAGCUGGCAGGAGAGGGGGAUCCCCGGGGCCCCGGGGGUGUCAGCGGUGCGGUCCGGGAGGAGACAGGCCGUGUCUGGCACGGGGUCCGUGCGUGGUGCCAGCCCAGCCUGGGCGCGGGUCCGGCUCUGCUCCGCCGUGCCCCGUGUCUGUGCCCAGCAUGGGGGAGCCGGGCACUCGGCCCCGGGCACUGCAGCCAGUCCCGGGGCCUCUGUGCGGGACCUGCAGCUGCAGCCCCCGUGCAGAGCUGGACCCGGACUUCACCCCUUCCCCAGCCCCAGAGGGUGCGGGUGUCCCCCGGCCGAGCCGCGUCCGGGGUGCCCGUGUGCAGUACCGGGGGGCAGCACCGGGGGGCAAUGUGCAGUACCGGGGGUCACUGUGCAGUACCGGGGGGCAGUACGGGGGGCAGUACCGGGGUGCGCUCUGCUCCGUCUGUGCGAGCGUGUGUCCGUGCGGCCCCGCCAUGAGCACCGGCAUGUACCAGUCCCCCAUGGAGGUGGCUGUCUACCAGCUGCACAACUUCUCCAUCUCCUUCUUCUCCUCCCUGCUCGGCGGGGAUGUGGUCUCCGUGAAGCUCGAUAACAGAGCCGCUCUUUGUCUGCGGCCGCUGGAGCUCAUUGGCUCCGGGCGCUGCGCAGUGCGCAGGGAGCGCGGCUGGACAGGGAGGGGGCUCCAGGGGCUGGGGCUGCCAGAGCCGCGUUCCCUGGGGGCUCGGGAGCUCCAGCCCCCCGAAUCCCCGGCACCAAGCCCUGGCCGGGGUUCCAAGGUUGGGGUGGGGAGGGAUAAUCCUUGGGAGAAGCUUCUGCAGCGCUUGGCGCUUUCCCCAGCGCUUGGGAACGGGAGGGAGCAACCCCCGGGGUAUUACUCUCCAUUGAUCGGCCUCUUCCGUGGCCUUUUGCAGGAUCUUGUGAAAAACCAUCUGAUGUACGCUGUGCGGGAGGAGGUGGAAGUGCUGAAAGAGCAAAUCAAGGAACUGUUGGAGAAAAACUCCCAGCUGGAGCGUGAGAACAGCCUCCUGAAGACCCUGGCCAGCCCGGAGCAGCUGGAGAAGUUCCAGUCGCGGCUGCCGGCGGAGGUGCUGUGCCCCGAGGAGCAGAGCCCCGCCGCGGCCGCCCCAGCCCAGCACUCCGGGGGCUCUGCGGUGUAAGGUGGCUCUGUCCUCGGGGUGGGCAGAGCCACAGAACUCUUUCUACUUAAUCUCCUGCAAAAUCGUUUCUGCCUUCAUCUCACACGAAGGACUGGCAGAGCCCGGCGCUGAGCCGGCUCCCUCAUGAGGAUGCUCUUCUGCGAGGGAGGCAGGGGCAGCUGAGCCCCCUCCCCGGCCGAGUGCCCAGCAGGUGCCAGGAGGAGAUCUGUGGUGCCUGGGCUGUGCUGAGGGCAGAGCUGGGCGUGAGGAGGAGCCCAGCCCGGCCGUGGCUGCCUUCUGCAGGGGGUGUCCCUUCUGGCAAAGCCUGGCGCUGGAGGAGAGCAGCGUUUAGUGAGCGGAGCAGAUGUGUCCCACGAGCCACCAGGAGCCUGCUGGAGCCCGAGCCACCCUGGGCAGCACCUGGGCUGGAGCCCGAGCCACCCUGGGCAGCACCAGGGCAGCAGCUGCAGCGCAGACCGUGGCUGGACGCACAGCACCGUGGGGAUUACAAGGAAAAACGCUUUUUUUGUUAGUUUGGGCAUCUUCUGUAGCUGUGUCUGUGUGUAAAGGUGCCCGAGGGGUGCCUGUGAGGCUGUGGGGUGCCCGCUCUGGGUCAGCCAUGCCCCCUGAGCAGCUGGGCGCUGGAAGGCUGACUGGAAUGGUGAGCGCCCGUCAGGGGCAGCCAGCGACAGCGAGUGCCACCGAGGAGGGGACAGACUCGCUCCCCCUGGCAUCCCGCCUGCCAGAGCCGUGCAGCAGCGCUGGAGGAUCUGGACUGACCUCUGGGCAGAGCCUCACGGCGGCUGUGCUCUCCCCCUGUGGGGUGCAGGAGCCAGCCCUGCUGCUGGGCUGCCCUCUGUCCCUGGCCUGGUCUCUGGGAUGUGACAUUGGGACGUUGCUUUUGAUGUCAGAAGCGGUGACACUGUUGUGUAAAUCUAGAUAGAAAUGGCAAUAAACUUUACUUUU